ACCUUCGAGAGGGAGAGGGCGUUGACAUUCGUAUUCGUCAGCUGAUGGCUGAAGUGUGUGAUCGUGAGCACGAACAAUAAGAAGGGACAAUGCCUUUUUUCGGUUAUGAUGAUUACUGGCAUGAUUUCGCCUCAGGCAGGAGGAAGAUUUUCGAGACAGGAGAGAAAUACGAGGGUGACCCUGACCACAUGAAAUGGACCGAUGUGGUUUCCCAGUACCAACGCAAACCCGAAGCACCGAAUGUGGUAUCCGAGACCAAAGACGGAGAGAUUUAUCUUGCCCGGCUCAAGCACGAGGGCCAACUGCUUCCUGGCUACAUGAGGAAUAGCAUUGCCUAUUUUGCCUACAAGGGAAAGGUUAUCAAGAGGUGCAAAGGUCACGAAUUGCUCUACGAUGGGCAGGUCCAGUGGUACGUGCCCCAUCGCCUGGACGAGAAACGUGCCGUCGUUGUUGGACAUGACGAAGACGAAAAUCCACUUUUCUUUGGCAGCUUUGUUGUAAACGGAAUCGAACUCUACGGAGAGGUUCGCAAAGGAGUGUGCAACAUUGUUGCAGAUACUGGUGAAGGCGAGGAGAUGAUUUUGUCCGAACCGGAGCGCUACGGCAUUCUCGGCUUGAAAAAAACAUAUCCAGCAUAAUAAUAUGAAUGCUACACCAUCAUUAUUUCAUCCAUUUUGUUU